CUUCCCGCCAAGCAGGGAGCCCGAUGCGGGGCUCGAUCCCGGGACCCUGGGAUCAUGACCUGAGCUGAAGGCAGUCGUUUUAACCAACUGAGCCACCCAGGUGCCCCUAAAGACUGCCUUUCAAAUUUGUUUCAUUGCUUUGCUUCUCAAUGGCAGUGACUCGAGUCCUUUCUUAAGUUCUGGCGGAAACGGCUACUCUUGGGGAACGUGGGAGCCUUAGGUCCCUGUUUGUCUUCAGCGUUGGUGCCUUGGCUCCAAUCCAGAGGCGACUGGAGAAGUUCCAGGCAACACCUGAUGACAUGGGCAUUUCGUCAUUCUGUCCUCGCAAGAAUGUGGGGUGGGGGAGGAUCUCCAUCUUAUGAGGGAGGCUGGUUAGACCCACAGUGAUGAGGUCCCUUGCCCCAAGUCUCACAGAUGGACAAUGGUAAGACCCUAUUCAAGUUCUGUCAGACUCCAAAUGCUUCCUCAGCGAAUUUGUCAUCCGUGCACCAUGUUGCUAUCCCCUUGACUGUGCGAGAGGUUGAGACGUGUUUACUUCUAACACUGUGCCCAUGCACCAAGUAAGAACUGUGAGUUACGCGUUUUGCUCGCGUCUUCCUUACAGGAACAGAUUACCCACUGCGGUGAAAUGGAAACCCUCGUGCAGACUGCGGGAUCUUCUGGCUCUCCUCCUCUGUGUUUGUCGCCCAGAGCUUCCUUCUUAAGGACGGCCUCCAGUUCCCGGUCCGCACCGUGAAUGCUGAUUUACAGGGAUGCAGAAAGGAAUUUCCACAAUAUCUCCAACAGAUGCUCCUAUGCAGACCAUUCCAACAAAGAGGAAAUUGAAGACGUCUCCGGAGUUCUUCAGUGCGCUGCUAAUGUACUCGGUUUGAAGUUUGAGGAAAUCCAAGAAAGAUUUGGCGAGGAGUUCUUUAAUAUAUGCUUUGAUGAGAAUGAAAGAGUCCUUCGAGCUGUGGGCGGCACAUUGCAGGAUUUUUUUAAUGGCUUUGAUGCUUUGUUGGAACACAUUAGAACUUCUUUCGGAAAACAGGCCACUCUGGAGUCACCAUCAUUCCUAUGCAAAGAGCUCCCUGAAGGCACUCUGAUGCUCCACUAUUUCCACCCUCACCAUACUGUGGGGUUCGCAAUGCUCGGGAUGAUUAAGGCCGCAGCCAAGAAGAUCUACCGGCUGGACGUGGCGGUGGAGCAAGUUGCCAGUGAGAAGCUGGGCUCUGAGGCUUCGAACCCGGGCAACUGUGGCUGUCUUACCUUCCUUAUCAAAGAAUGUGAAAACACCACCAUCACGAAGAACCUUCCCCAGGGCACCUCCCAAGUUCCUGCGGACCUCAGAAUCAGCAUCAGCACCUUCUGCAGAGCCUUCCCUUUCCACCUGAUGUUCGACCCCCACAUGUCCGUCCUUCAGCUAGGGGAAGGCCUGCGGAAGCAGCUUCGAUGUGAUGCUCACAAAGUGCUCAAGUUCCAGGACUGCUUCGAGAUCGUGUCUCCAAGGGUUCAUGCCGCCUUCGAGAGGGUCCUGCUGCGCCUGUCCACCCCAUUCGUGAUCAGGACCAAGCCCGAGGCUUCUGGCACUGAAAACAAAGACAAGGUGAUGGAAGUCAAAGGACAGAUGAUCCAUGUCCCAGAAUCAAAUUCCAUCUUAUUCCUGGGCUCUCCGUGCGUGGACAAGUUGGACGAACUCAUGGGCCGAGGGCUGCAUCUCUCGGACAUCCCGAUCCAUGAUGCCACCCGAGACGUCAUUCUGGUUGGUGAGCAGGCAAAGGCACAGGAUGGCUUGAAGAAGAGGAUGGAUAAAUUAAAGGCAACCUUGGAAAGAACUCACCAGGCCCUGGAAGAAGAAAAAAAGAAAACAGUCGAUCUUCUGUAUUCUAUUUUCCCUGGUGACGUCGCCCAGCUGUUGUGGCAAGGACAGCAGGUGCAGGCCAGGAAGUUUGACGACGUCACCAUGCUCUUCUCGGACAUUGUUGGAUUCACAGCCAUCUGUGCUCAGUGCACCCCCAUGCAGGUGAUCAGCAUGCUGAAUGAACUGUACACCAGGUUUGACCACCAGUGUGGAUUUUUGGAUAUUUAUAAGGUGGAAACAAUAGGCGAUGCGUACUGUGUUGCUGCAGGACUCCAUAGGAAAAGCCUCUGCCAUGCUAAGCCCAUUGCUCUGAUGGCACUCAAGAUGAUGGAACUUUCAGAAGAGGUGCUGACACCUGAUGGAAGACCAAUUCAGAUGAGGAUAGGCAUUCACUCGGGUUCCGUGCUCGCUGGAGUUGUUGGGGUGAGAAUGCCACGAUAUUGCCUGUUUGGAAAUAAUGUCACUCUGGCAAGCAAAUUCGAAUCAGGAAGUCACCCUCGGCGCAUCAAUGUCAGCCCGACCACUUACCAAUUAUUAAAACGGGAAGAAAGUUUCACAUUUAUUCCUCGGUCCCGUGAAGAGCUUCCAGAUAACUUUCCAAAGGAAAUCCCUGGGAUCUGCUAUUUCCUGGAGAGGAAUACCUUCUGGACAGAGACAGAAUACCUGAUCCAGAAACUGAUCCCAGCCCCAGGACCGCUUCAGCACCAUCCCUCUGAAAUGAGGACGUGCCAGGGAGUCACCAGUAACACUGUCCUGAUCAUCUGCUCUGCUCAGAUUGGGGCUCUGGUCAAGGAAAUGCAGAUUCGACUUGGGGGUUGUCUUAGUCAGCUCAGGUUGCCAUGACUGAAAGCCACAGAC